ACGGGGACGGGACAUGAAACGGGAUUUCGGUCUGAUGGUGGCGGGGACGCAGGUUGUGUUGGCGGCAUCUGGGGAUGAGAAACACCCGCCGGAGAACAUUCUGGACGGUAAUACAGAAACAUUUUGGAUUACAACAGGAAUGUUCCCACAAGAAUUUAUCCUAAGUUUUGCUAAUCUCAUAAAAAUUAGCUCAAUGAAAAUUCACUGUUACAAUGUGCGCAGCCUUGGUAUUGAGAGAAGUAUAGCAGGAGAACCUGUAGAUUUCGAACCAAUGACUAACACCGAACUUGAGCGCUCUGAGGAACAGCUUCAAGUAGAGGAAUUUACACAGGAUGGAACUAGAGCUACACAUCUACGAUUUGUCAUAAAGUCUGGUUUUGAUCACUUUGUGUCAGUACACAAGGUUACAGUGGAAGGUGCAGAGGAAGAUGCCUGACUCUACAUUGCACACUAUCAUUAACAAGACUUUAUAUGGAACACUGAUGUUGAGAAAAUUUACCUAGUGUACAUACUUCUGCAGUAUAUUUGUUAUAAACCAUACAUGUUGGAUUGUUAUUGUUGUGAAUAAAUUAUUUUGGUUUUGUAA